AAGGAAUCCCUCUAUCACACUGAAUGAUGAGCGUGCAGUAUGGAAGACACCCUUCCCCACCCCACUUCCAGAACCAGCAAAGCAGCAGAAGAAAAUCCACAGCAGGUGAAACAUAAAACCAUUUUUCAGGAAGACACUUUGUAAGACACUGCCUCAGGACCCAUCAGGCCUGAAGUCUGACUUAAUUUUAACUGUGGUAAAUUUUUAAUAACUAUGUUAACUUGUUUUCUACUUGUUUGUCUUACAUUUCAUACAGUCUUUAUCCUAUGUAUAUUUAAAAAAACUAAUAAUGUCCUCACUUUGCAUGGUGAGCAGAUGUUUACAUGUAUGUUAUCAAUGGAGAUCUCAGUAAUAGGCUCAUGUUAAUUUUUUUUUCCCCUUUCUGCAUUUGUCAGUAAUGGAUACUUUCCUCUCUCUCGUAUUUUAGGGAAAACUUUAGGGCAGAAAUCCACAAUAGCCCCUUCACUUCUGGAAAUCAAGAGCAGCAGUUUGGAAAAAACUUUUUCUUUAACACAUCAAAAACUGCUUUCAAGUGGAAAUAAGACAGAAGCUAGCAGCCAGUGCACAGCAUCUUGGCCAUGGGAGAGCACUCCUGGUCCUAAAACAGAUGUGCCCUGAACCGUGGUGUGCUAUGAAGGGGAAGAGGGAUGGCUUCCUUUUUAUUCCCACACUUGAUCCAGCAAGUUAUUUCACAUAGAACAUUCAGGGGCUUUAACUUGACAAUGAGGUUUACUCAUCAAAAGUCUGUGCUAUAUUACAACAUGUGACUAUCAAAAAUAUAUUUUUUAGUGCAAUAUUAAUCCUUUGAGACGAUUAGAGGCUAUUAGGAAUGUGUAAGAAGGAUUUUUUUUUUUAAUCAGUGUCUGUGUUUGCUUAAACAGGAAUUGAUUUACUGCUAUUUACAGGAAAAAAUAAAAGCAAAAAAAAAAAAAGGAAGUUUUGAUAUCCUUUGAAACAACAACUAUCAUUGCCAUUUAACAAUACCUCUAGGGUUUAUAUUAACUGGAAUUCUCAGUUUUACUCGAGUGCAGCACCACGAGGCACUGAAAAGCACAAUCAUCUACUCUUCAGUUUCAGUCCUCAUGGUUAUCCUUCACUGAUCUUUGCUUGGUCUUUCCUCCAUGCUAUCACAAAGGACAGUAACACAGGCUAUGGGCUCCCCAUGGACCACUGGACCAUUUCCAUUAUCAGACACUGUAAGCUGCAGAUCUGUUAUCCCCUACCCCUCCUUUGCACCAUUAAAAAGGAUUUCUAACUCAUGCUACACCCUGUGCUGUGAAGCUGCCUCUGACAGCAAUGCUUUGGGAAGGGUCAAUAACAGAUUCUUGAUGGGCUGCAAUCAGGUUGAACCUGUUACUGUGUCUGAAGAACUGUGAGAAUGAAGUAACGUGUGGGUCUGUUAUAUAUCUUUCCAGAUGACUCAACUAGACAAGGUUGUUUUGACUCCUCUCUCAGCACUACAAGCCUUGUUUUCAGGCCCACAGAAGCUCAUCCAGAAGCGCUAUGACAAAUUGUUGGACUACAACAGCUACCUCCAGAGGUCACCAGGAGAAGAGCUUGAUCUAGCAAAGAAAGACUAUGAGGCUUUAAAUGCACAGCUAGUGGAAGAACUUCAGGUAUUCAACAGAACAGCCAAAAAGAUUGUGUUGAACUGUUUGUAUUGCUUCAUUACUCUCCUCAGAAGUAUUAUGUCUGCAGCACUUCAAUCAAAUUCUGCUGUGGUGGUGCCUGUUCCACUGUCUUCCUCAAGCAUCUGUGAAGUGCAGCAUCAGUUGAUGGAGGAGGUUCACAAGCUGAAUUUCAUGAAAGAAAACAGCAGUGCAACCUUCAUUGAAAGAAAAUUGAGCUUGGGAAAAAAGAAACCUGUCCCCUCUCCACUCGAAUCCCCACGUCAAACAGAAGAUCACAGAUCCAAGCUACUGUCUACAUACAGCGCAGAACUGCUGUAUCAAGCUAAGCGCAAGUGCAAUGCCACACAGGAAUUUGAUAUUGAUCUGCAUGAAGGAGAAGUGGUGGCUGUUGUGGAGCAAAAGGAUCCCUUCCAAAGUACUAGCAGAUGGCUCGUUGACACAGGAAUCCUCAAGGGAUAUGUGUAUUCCUCCUUCCUGAAGCCUUUCAAUCCAGCCAAAGCGCAGAAGGACAUAGCAGAGAACAACUUCUGUGAUGAUGAUUUUGAUAAUAUCAGCCUCUUUGUCUCUUCACGGCCAUCCUCUGACAGCAGCUCAAGUUCAGGGCACAAGAAGAGUGACAGCAACUCAUCUCUUCACUCCUGUGAAAAUCCCACAACUAAUAGCACAGGGGCUGGAGAUUCUCAGGAUAUGGAUGAUCAGCAUACCUUCUAUGCUGUUUAUGCAUUUCAAGCAAGAAAUGAUCAGGAACUCAGUCUUCAGGAGUAUGAGAAGGUUAGGAUACUUCGGUUUUCUGACGUGAGUGGCAAUAAAGAAUGGUGGCUAGCAGAAGCCAAAGGUCAGAAAGGAUACGUGCCAUCUAAUUAUCUCGGAAAGAUGACAUAUGCUUAGGAACCUAAGUUCAGUUUCUAUGAAGCAGACAAUGAUAAUCUACGAUGGUUUGCAGAAAACAAGGUAAACUCCCAAGUGAUUGACAGAAGCCAUGACACCUGGUGCAGCACACACAAUAUCGAGAACCUCUGGUUUCCAAAAGCCAUCACCUUGUCAAGACCUCAGGGAAGAAACAUUUAACAGGAAGACCAAUUCUGCUUAACGCCAAAGGGCUUGCUUUUCCCUAUUACCCCAUAAUUUUCACUUUUAUCAAAAUGUGCUACUUCCAAAUUCAACCUACAAGUACACUCCACAGUGGAAGUGAUGCUUUUUUUUUCCCCCCACAAUAUUCAGUAAAUAAUAUUCAAGAUGAAGGCAGCCAACCUUGAAAAAGGACAAAUUCAGCCCUUAGGGAUUUUGCAGCUCAGACUGAAUUGUUCUUAAAUCUCUACCUUGAUGAACACAACCACAUCUCCAAACUCAAGCUUUUGGGUUAUUUUUAUCUCCAGCCACUUUUGUAAAGAAUCUUUUUCCUCAAUGGUGAAUAUUAGAGUAGGAAAAGAAAAAAAAGGUUUUUUUUUUUUAAGAAGCAUUUCAGUUUAAACCAUACUGAUGCUGUUGGUAUCAGUAGCUGGACUUAGAGAUGAAGGUAUACUUAGUUAAAUGUAGAAAUGGAAUGAGGAAAAAGGGAAGAAGAAACAGGUAACAUGAAAUAAAGAGAUUUUCAAGAAAAUAAAUUUCAUAACUACUUUGUAAGGUAAGAAACAGUUUGCAGCAAUAUGAAUGUGCCUCAGGUCUAAAAUGACUUUUCUACACACUAGCUGCUUUUUAGUGCAAGAUCCAUGUAAUGAAACAACUUGAGUUACUAGAUUUAGGAAACUCAUUAAGAUUUAGAAAGAAAGUCAAGCAGUGCCAUUCCAAGAAUAUUUCCUGUCUAUCUGAUUCUUUGCGUCAGAUACAGAGAUCAUACUAUCAAGGGAAUACACUAAGAUUUAAGAUGUAUCAACAUUUAUCUUCCCAAAAAGAAAAAAAAUAAAUAAUUCUCAUACUGAAAGCAUCUUAACAUUAAACAGUGAAGAAAAUACUGAUGAGCUGAUCUGCUGUUUGCAAAACUUGGAGUUAGUUCAGCAAAACAACUUAUCUUAACAGCUGGCAGGGUUAUUUUAAGAAGAUAAAAUAGUUUGCAUCAUACCCUCAGUGAGCAUGGAAAACUAAAAAAUCCCAAGGAAAGAUGUGAUUUUCAAGCAGUACUUUUUGAGUUUCACUGACUGCAGUGACCCUUACUGAGCUUAGGCUGGUGCCCUACACUAGGCUGGUGGGCAAUCUAACAAUACAUCUUUACUACUACCAUUGAUAACUGUGUUUAUAAAAAUUUAUUACAGGACAGAAAUGCCCUGGUCCUCUAGCAAUGAGCAAGGACCUUCUUACAUUAAGUACUGCAAAAAGAAAACAAAUCAACAACCUAAGAGUCUAAGCCUGAAACAGUGAAAGAAACUCCUUGUAGAUAUUUUCAGUACAGCUUCAUAAUUGUUUAUAACUGACUGACCAAUAAAAUGACAAAUUGAUGGGGGGGGACAGGAGAGUGUUGUUGAUCAAAGGUGAGCAUAUACAGAAAUUGUUCUAAAGCUGUUGUGUCAGUUUCUACUUCCUGUAGCUGAAGCACAGGGUAUGAAGGUAAAAACAAUCCAAAGCCUAGCGCAUAGCAAGAAAGAGCCAGUCUGCAAAGAACGGAGAGUUACAAUAGUUGAUGCAAGCAAUAGUUUUUGCUGCACAAAUGGAGCUACUUUCAUUUUCUUUGGAGCUCGAUAUUUGUGUUUUGUUUUGCUAAAAGAUAGAGAAUGUUUGAGUUUUGCUCAGAAGAUGUAGUAGAUACACGGUGGAUCACAGAGCUGAGAUCCUGAAAUUUGUGUCAGAUUAAAGUUAUAGAGAAACUUGUAAAGUCCACUGAGGUGGACAUCCAGGAAUCAGGAUAUGAAACUCUGAACUAUUGCAAUCCAAUGACCAGUAAGAACAGAUAUGUUCAAGGUUACUUAACUUGCACUUUCAUCUUGUUGUUUCAUAGCAAGCAAAAAAAAAA